UAGUGGCAGACAGAGCCUGUAGGUGGACGCAGCAUCCUCAUCCUUAGCUGUCACUUUUUGUCACAUCGCACAAACGCCUGGUGUGUCUUCAAUCAAAUGAACAUCCGCCACAUGGCAUCGGCGGGAGACCCCCGGUAGAUUAAAUCAAACACACGGCGAUGAGUCUUGAACUCUAAAACCCACAGUGAUCGGUGUGUGCUGGGCUGAACACACCCCACCGAGUACCCCGAUAUUGUUCAGGGGAAAUAAUGGCUGCUCAGGAACCGUCUCCACCAUCUUCCCUGGAAGGCAUCAGACCGGGCUUCCCGAAGAAAAUCCUGGCCAACGGCCUCGAAGACAAGCAUCUGUGCAACUCGUGCCACAAAGUCCUGAGGAGACCCCUGCAAGCCCAGUGCGGCCAUCGCUUCUGCUCCUUCUGCUUCAACAAGAUAGUGAGUUCUGGACCACAGAAAUGCGGUGCUUGCAUCAAAGAAGACUUAUUUGAAGAACCCACCUCUAUCCUCAAGCAAGGUGGUGCUUUCCCUGAUAAUGCAGCUCGGAGAGAAGUCGAGUCCUUGGCAGCUGUCUGUCCCAAUGAGGGAUGCACGUGGACGGGAACUAUCAAAGAAUUUGAGGUGAGUCAUGAGGGCAACUGUGACUUCAUGAUCAUCCUGUGUCCUUCCUGUAAAGAGCUGAUGAGAGCCAACGAACAGGAACGCCACAAUGAGAGAGAAUGUCCGGAAAGGACACUAAACUGCAAAUACUGCAAAGAACCCUUCCUGUUGAAGAACAUCAAGGCUCAUGACGAAAUCUGUCCAAAGUACCCGAUGAUUUGUGAAGGUUGUGCAAAGAAAAAGAUCCCCAGAGAAAAGUAUGUGGACCAUAUUAAGUUCUGCAGUAAAUUUAAAGCUCCAUGCAGAUUUCAUGUUGUUGGCUGCGAUACGUCUGUGGAGAAAGAGAAGAUUCAUGACCAUGAGCGGCAGUGUUCCUAUGAACACCUCAACCUGCUCCUGCAUUUCAUCAUGGGCAUCAAGGUGAGCCUUGAGAGCCUGCAACCCCAGAGCCUAGAUGUGGCCAGCCACAAGCUGCAGGAACUCCACCAGUCCCUCAGGGACCUGGAGCAGAAGAUGAGCCAGCUGGGUGGUGGCGGUGGAGCAGCUCCCGUGCUGGGUGCGUGCGCCCCGACUCUGGCCACCUCCUUCACCCCGCUGCCCAGCGCUGUGGGUGCUGCCCUGGAGCUGCAGCUCCAGAGUGAAAAGUCCAAGGUAGCAGAGCUGAGCCGGCGCUGCCAGGAGCUGGAGCUCAAAGUGAGCACGUUCGAGAACAUUGUCUGCGUCCUCAACCGAGAGAUGGAGCGCUCCUGCACCACCAUGGAGGCCUACAAUCGGCAACACCGCCUGGACCAGGACAAGAUAGAGAUCCUCAACAACAAGGUUCGUCAGCUGGAGAGGACUGUGAGUCUGAGAGACCUGUCCAUCGUGGAGAUGGAGGGGAAAAUGAGAGAGAUGUCUGCUGCUACCUAUGAUGGCAUCUUUGUCUGGAAGAUCUCGGAUUUCACCAAGAAGAGGCAGGAUGCCGUGGCUGGCCGUGCCCCUGCAAUGUUCUCUCCUGCCUUUUAUACCAGCAAAUACGGCUACAAGAUGUGCUUGCGGAUAUACCUGAACGGUGAUGGGACAGGCCGAGGGACCUACUUGUCUCUGUUCUUUGUGGUGAUGAGAGGACACAGCGACGCACUCCUGAAGUGGCCUUUUAAUCAGAAGGUCACCCUAAUGCUGCUUGACCAGAACAACAGAGAGCACAUAAUUGAUGCCUUCCGGCCCGACAUCUCCUCCUCGUCCUUCCAGAGGCCCGUCAGUGAUAUGAACAUCGCCAGCGGCUGUCCGCUCUUCUGUUCGCUCUCCAAACUGGACUCUAAAAACUCCUACAUACGCGAUGACACCAUCUUCAUCAAGGCCAUUGUUGAUCUCACAGGACUCUAGGCAAAAGAUAACGGCAUAAAUCCAACCCUGCCUUUUGUUGCUACUAACCUGUUUUAAUAACCUGCUUUUGUAUCAUCCGUUUCAGGCAUUUCUCUGUGAGGUUCUGUCGAGUUCUUUGUGGUUUUGGUAUGGAUUUUGGGGCAAUAUGUGAAAACAGAGCAGACAAAUCUCAUCUAUAUCACUGUUCUACCAAUCAAACUAAGUUUAUAUUUUACAAAAACAUCGAUUACCUAAAGCAGUGACUGGAGCAGUUCAGUACAUUGCCGUAUAUAUACUCACAAGAUGCUGGUAAAAUGUGUUCUCACCCUGCAGAAGACACACAUUAUUUGAACUAAGACAUACAUUCCAAGACCUAGGAAAAACACUACACUUGUAAAAUAAGUAGAACACAUUGUGAAUUGUCUGUAAUCUCUAUGGCUUUUUGCACCAUAGAUGAGGUUCUCCAUGUUCAGCUGUUACACUGAAAAAUCACCUGAUUUUACCAAGAGGUUUAAAGUGAUUUAACAUAGAUUUUAUGUCCAUUCAACUUCAAAUGUUGGUUCUUAAGUCAUUUUGCUGCUUGUGAAGGCUCGAAAACAACUAGGUCCACUAUAGCUAGCAUCAGUACCAAAUCUUGAAUCCUACAUAAUAGUUAGCGUUAAAUUCUAAAGAUUGCACAUUUGAAAACUAUUGCCUUGAAAAGUUGAAAAGUGAACUUGUUGGCAAAUUGUUUCUUAUGUACACAUCCAGCAAACAUCAGCAUUCAACAGGAGUUGCUGCUCUGGCAACUAGAGAAAUUAAAGUCCAAUAUUAACUUUCGAUCUCCACCAACUACUGAGAAUAAUGUAUGGGUCUUUAGCUUGCUUACUGCUAUGUUCACCAGCUAUUUGCUAGCUUUGUCUGCUGUUUAGUGCUGGACCGGUAGUGUACAAUGGGUUUUUCAAGGCUUUUAUUUUGAAUGAAAACAGCUGCCUGGUGAUGCUAGGUACGAGGUGGAUGGUGGUGAGACCGAAUCAAAAUAGUAACAUUUUGGGUUGUAUAAACAAAAGAUGUUAAAAUGAGUGGACACUAUAACUCUUUCUAAGUGUGACACUAUGAGUGACAUCUCUUUCAGUACAAUGCAGUUAUUUGACCCAUUGUUAAUAUAAGAAUAUUGGUAGUGCAGCUAUCUGUCAAACUACGAAUUGCUUUUGAAGCAAAGUGUAUAUCUGUUUCCUGAUCUUCACCUGGGUUUUCUAUUGUAGUUUGAACGUUUGAAAUUUCAAACACCAAUACAUUUCCAUUUUUUUAAAUUAAAAACUGAAAACAAUGAGCCAUGAAAGUACUAGCUUUGUAGAUAACAAGCACAGCGAUAGAUCAAGCUGGUCUUGUGCUUGUUUUAGCUGCUGGCGUGUACUGACAUUUGAUUAACUGAUCAUUUUUGUGACCUGUGUUUUUUUGCAUUUAGAAAUGUAGGGUUCCAGCGUGACGCCCAUGUAGCCUUCAGUGUAUCACUCGGCUUUGCACACGAUUUGUAGUGCAGUUGGAAUUUUUGAACUUGUUUAUGGUUUGUUAAAUUGCCUCCAACACUCAUGUCCUUUAUUGUUUGGUAAUCAUUUGUGAUAGUGGACAUUGUUUGAAUUCCAUGAAUUCUGAGUGCAGUAUUUCGGUUGCGAAUGUUAUAGGUGGUUUUCUGUGUGCUUGUUUGCUUAUGAGGCGUACAGCCUCAUGGGGCAGCAGCUCUGCCAGGUGAGCCCACCCCUUGUAUGCUUAUCUUUGUGGGGAGCAGUUUGAGUUAAAGACCCUACAGUGUGGGGACAUUUCUGGGGCCAGUCCUCACACCUUCAAGGGGCUGUUUGAGGUUUAAAGCUUGUUUUUAAGGUGGCGUUAGAAUUUGGUUGGGGUUGGAGUUUAGUAUUUAGUUGUGAUGUUUAGGGUAAGGGGCAAAGAGGGAAUGCAUUAUGUCAGUGAGUCCUCACAAAAGUGCG